UAUGAAAGGGCGAUGUUAAAUAACUAUGCGACACCACGCGGUCUGUAUGUUCGAAAGUCGUGCGAUACAAAUUUAUAGUGUAAUUAUCAUAUGGAUGGAUGCGCACAAACUCGCCGUCCAAAUUACAUACAACUGUACAAGUGACAAUGGUGUAAAGGUGGUACAAAAAAAUUGGAUUUUUAUAAUUUUAAGUGCCUAUGAGAAAGCUGCUCUAUCCUGCUAAAGACAUAUUAAAGCCCUCUUCUUGGGGUAUAUAACCAUGAGUCCGGGUAAGCGGGUGCCACAAGACACCGAUUCGAGGCCCAUCGUGAUCGUCACAGACAUGGACACGGUGCACGAAGAGAACGACAACGACAAUGACAGCGACGAAUCUUCAUACUCGGACGUCGUCCGGCUUCGAGAGCGCACUCGCGCGAUGCUGGACACGGCUACUGCGGAGCAGGCGCAUAUACACUCACAGUCGCAGCCGAACAGCCGCCGCAUGUCCAACGACAUCGAUGCUAAGCUUGCCGCCAAUCUUAAUACAAGAAGACCUUCAGCCAUCAUCGCAGCAUUUCGCCGGCCAUCGCAAGCGCUCGCACUAUGCGCUGCGACUCAACGACGGUUCCUAUCGGAGCUGGCUCCACAUUCUCGCGCUUCUGUAGCGUCUACGAUACAUGAACAUCCACCAUCGGCUGCUGAAAUGUUGGGACAUGAGGCAUUGAGUAAGGCGCUUUCUGCUUUGUACGCGAAACUACUAGUGGUGUUAGGAUUAGCUUUUCCCGUGACAGAAGUAAUUGCAAACGUCCCAGCGGCCUACUACCAGGGUUUCUAUUUGUACCUUUAUUUGGUAUCAGUACUGUUUGUAAUCUUCCAAUAUGCAAACAUAAUGAGGCAGAAAGCUUUCAACUCAAUUAUACAUACAUACGAAGAUCCAGAAAAGGAAGAAAAAAACGGCAAAGUCACUCCCACUGAAAAAAAUAAACCUAAAGAAUCCAGUAUAUCAAGAUACGGGAGUUUUUAUCUCAGACUUGGCGCAAUGGCAUUUGGUAUUGGUUCAAUGGUGCACAGUGGCCUGGAAUUCGGAGAAUAUUUCGAAAUGACUGACCGCUGUCGAUCAGUGAUGUCCGCCGCUACUCCAGCUUUAAGAAUGUCUCUCACAUUAAUGCAGAUGCAAUUCAUAUUUUUGACAAACAAGGAUAUCGAAACCGGUGCCUACAAAUUGAUACAGAGAUUCGGUUUUAUGCACAUGAUCGCUACAAACUUAUGCGAGUGGUUGUACGUCCUUGUAGAAGAAACUAAACAUGAGAUACAUCAUUUAGAGCAUUCCAGCAUAGUCUCCGAUGGCACUCAUGGCAAUAUUACAGAGAUUCAGCAAUGCAGAAGAGCUAAUAUUAUGGGAACGUUGUUGCAAAACGCUUCGCCAUUCCUUUUCCCUUGUACUAUCGAAUACUCACUCAUUUGCGCUGUAAUACUUUAUGAAAUGUGGAAAGAGGUAAAAUGCACUGCAGGGGACUUUGAGAAAAAAUUCAACUCUACAAAAAACAAAUCUCGGAAUAAUUCAGUCACUCCCGAGAAAAUCCUGCAGCAGUUCGCUGGAAUGCUUGGAGUUGGGACAGCACACGACAGUCGGGCAGCUCUACACCACUUCUCAGUAGAUUGCUCCCAUGCUCAUCGUGGACUUUUUGGCGGAAUUCUAGUCAUAGUUUUAACUAUAAUAUCGCUCAUAAUGUUCUUCGUAUUGGCCAACGGUCCUAAAACUAUCAACGACGCUAUAUUUGAAGUGAAUGUAUGCGAAAUAAUCCUUUAUUCUAUAACGGCCCUGGCUUGUAUGAUCGCCUUAAAACAAAUGAGGCUAUUGCCAUAUAAAAGGAAAGCACAAGCUGUCCUCGUCCUGGAUACCUCACUUCUGAUCCUUGCGCAGACCGGCAUGUUCGUGUACUGCAUGUUCAGCCUGAUUGGCAGCCACCACACGCUGAACAAGGGUAAUGGCGGAGGCCUCACCGGUUUCUUUGCUGAGUUCCUGUCUUUGAACCAGACGAUACUCCAGUCUUUGUUCAUAAUCGACGCAUGGUGGCGGCGCUGCAACACGUCAGAGCACCGCCGCAUGAAGCCCGGCCGGCAGCUGGUCACAUUCCUGCUGGUGGCUAACAUGGCCAUGUGGGCGAUCAACACUCUGGAAAAAAACCGUGCGGAAUUUAGACCUGCGCACCUGGACUUCUACGGGCCGUGGGCGUGGACCAUCAUCACGCACGUGUCCAUGCCACUGGCCAUCUUCUACCGCUUCCAUUCGACUAUCUGCCUAUUUGAGAUCUGGAAGAACAGCUUCAAAAACAAACCAAUAUACCUUAACGUUUAACCAUAUGAACAUGAAUAAACAAUGAGAUUAUUUGAAUUCCUAAGAAACCAA